UUCUAUUUGCAUAACACAACCGUGACGCAAAAAGGGCGGGGACUACGGCUUGCCAUGUGUCGCCAGAGUUCUCCAAGUAAAUAAAAGGCGAUCCAAGAUGCUCCUGCAACAGAACAUCGCGAUUUCGAGGCAGCUCUUUGAAGAUUUUCCCCCCCUUUCGAGAACCAAGAUGCCUCAGACGCUGAAGAUCGCCAGCCGGGCAUCCUUGCUGGCCAGAUGCUUUCCUGAAAUAGGGUCCGAAUCACUCCUCCGUUCCCAGGCGAGGAUGAUCAAGACCCACAAGACCCUGGACGAGAUGCCGGGACCCAACGCGCUCAGCUUCUUCACCGACCUUUUCUGCAAAAAAGGGCUGUCGAGACUGCAUGAACUCCAAAUUGAAGGCAAAGCCAAGUAUGGUCCAGUGUGGAAGGCCAGCUUCGGGCCCAUCCUGACAGUCCAUGUUGCAGAUCCUAGCCUGAUCGAGCAGGUGCUCAGACAGGAGGGCAAGCACCCCAUCCGCUCUGAUCUCUGUUCCUGGAAGGAUUACAGGGUCUGUCGGGGACAUGCCUACGGACUGCUCACUGCGGAAGGUGAAGAAUGGCAGCAAAUCCGCAGCAUCCUGGGGAAACACAUGUUGAAGCCCAAGGAAGUGGAGUCCUAUACAGGCACUCUGAACAAUGUGGUAACGGACCUGAUCCACCGGCUGCAGCACCAGCAAAGCCUCCAUGAGCAACAUGUAGUAAAGAACCUGGCCAAUGAGUUCUACAAGUUUGGACUAGAAGGCAUCUCUUCCGUCCUCUUUGAAUCCCGCAUCGGUUGCUUAGAACCCAAAGUCCCAAAGGAAACAGAGACCUUCAUUAGCUCCAUCAAUACGAUGUUCGUCAUGACUCUGCUCACCAUGGCAAUGCCCAAGAUCUUGCACCGAAUUUUCCCAAAACCGUGGCAGAAGUUCUGUGAAUCUUGGGACUACAUGUUUGAGUUUGCCAAGGGACACAUUGACAAGCGGAUGGCUGAAGUUGCAGAAAGAAUCGCACGGGGAGAAGAAGUGGAAGGAAAAUACUUGACUUACUACCUAGCCCAGGAAAAACUGUCCAUGAAAUCCAUCUAUGGAAAUGUGACUGAGCUUCUCCUUGCUGGUGUGGACACAAUAUCAAGCACUUUAUCCUGGAGCCUGUACGAGUUGGCCCAUCAUCCAGAGGUACAAAGAGCCCUCCACAAAGAAAUCACAGGAGUCAUGAAGGACAACCCGAUCCCUAUGGCAGCUGAUGUCGCUCAGAUGCCACUGCUGAAGGCAGUGGUGAAGGAGGUAUUGAGGUUGUACCCAGUGAUCCCUGGCAAUGCACGUGUCAUCUCAGACCGGGACAUCCAAGUGGGAGAAUACCUCAUCCCCAAAAAGACUCUGAUCACCCUCUGUCACUAUGCUACCUCAAGAGACAAGAAAUACUUCUCCAACCCCAACGCGUUCCAGCCUGAGCGCUGGCUGCACAAGGACGGCGCCCAUCACCCAUAUGCCUCCAUUCCCUUUGGCUUCGGCAAGCGCAGUUGCAUCGGCCGGCGCAUCGCUGAGCUGGAACUGUAUCUGGCUCUGGCCAGGAUCCUGAUGCAUUUUGAAGUGAAGCCAGAACAAGGCGGCCACGCCGUUAGACCCAUGACCCGUACUCUGCUGGUACCCGAGAAAGAGAUCAACCUGCAGUUUCUGAACCGCUGAAGGGAGAUGGAGCAGAACCACGUGUUUGUGGUUCCCAACAAAGCAGGACCCUCAAGAGGAAAAGGGGCCCUAGCAGUUGGCAGUGAAGCUGCACCCUCUGAGCUGUUUGGGACUUCCUUAAAAGGUCCACCAAAGGGAGAAAAUGAAGGAGAACCGCAUCACUCACUGACUGAGAUCUGCUAAGGACGUAGCCCAGGGCUACCUCUGGGAAGGUGCACAUUUUAUGUCUCUCAAGGCUCCAGGGAGUACAUCUGAAGGUUGCAGUGACUGUGUGAUGCACAUAACGUCUUCAGGAGUGUCAGGAGUACCAGAAGCAUCAGGUUCAGAACCGUCGGUAUCGGCCACGUUGCCUGUCAUGAUGCCAAGGUGGUGCCUUCGACUUCCAGAUCUCCACCUUCAACCCCACGGAGAGGUUUCUCUCUUUCGAAGUGAAAGAAACACACUUCAAAGGGCUAAAAGAUCCUCGGAUAAUAGUGCCGUUGAAACCGAGGUUUAACCAAAAAAGUCACCUGCUGAAACGUCCUCUGAGUUGUCCUUUCUUGCACUCCACUUCGACCUCUGAGCAGUCUGCCCCUCCGCCUCAGGAACCAACUGUCAAAUGUACUUUGACUUGGAUUCCAUUGAGCAGGAGGGGGUUGGGCUGGAUGGUCUAACUGGCCCCUUCCUAUACCAUUAUUUUUCUGUGAUUUGCAGCACUAGCUGUAUAUGAGCAGAAAUCCACUCAAGUUGAGAACACAGCGCAGAUCUACGUGGUCUGGAGAUGAACAACAAUUAUGUAUUUAAAUGCCUUAAUACUAUUCUGCUACGGUUUAAUAUUUAAUGCAUUUCCCAGUAUAUUUAUAUUUUUAUGUCCUGUAAUUUUUAAAUAUAUAAAUAUUUUUAUCUGAAGAUGUCAGAAAAAAA